AUGACUGCGCCUGGCAAAGGGUCGCGCUGGGGUGCCUUUCUCUCCUCAGCCUUUGAAGGUGUCGAGAACCGUCUUGACAACUUACUCGACGAGGAACAACAGGCCGCACAGUCAUCGCAGCAAUAUGAACAGCAACAGGGAAUGAAGGUCGCACCGCCAGCCCCAUCACCGAGUCCCAAACCUACCACCCCUGCUGCAGUUCCAAAGACGAAUCGAGCCAAUGACCGACUACAGGCCAGGCUGGCCAAAGCAAUCGCAUCGCGAACUUCACAGUCUUCUCCACGUAGCUCCAUUGACACUGCUCGUGGCUCCGUAGACAAGGAACGGCCUGCCAGCACCGAGCCCGUUGUGUCGACACAAAGUACAGAUACGCCAGAGCCAAAGCCUACAGAAUACCAAAACCCGGUCGCUGAGCCGACACCCGUCGUCGUCGAGCCAUCCUCUACUCAUGUAGAAUCACAACCAACAAACUCCAAAGAUACUCUGGAUACGAAUCAAGGCGGACAAGAUGCUAAGCAAGAAAUCACGACACCAACUAUAAUAGAACCACAGCCCGACACAGAACCUCAAACCGUUUCGGCGCAGCAAGGCGCAGACAACACUGAAGCGCAACCACAGUCUCUAGACUAUGAACCUAAUGUUUCUGAAGCUACGGAGACUGUACAGACUACGGCUGCGUCCGAGGAACCACCACAAAAAGAACCAGAGUCCGGCCAAACUGACAAAACCCGGUCGGAAGAGAUUCAAGAAUAUAUCGAGCAGAUCGACUCCUUGCAGGCUAAGCUACAAUAUCUUUCCAAGAAUGCUGCAGAUGCAGCUAAGCAGGCUGCAAACUCGGCCACUGCGGGUAGCACGGAACGCAAGUUGGCGGAAAAGGACGAAAAGAUCGCACUCUUAAUGGACGAAGGGCAAAAGCUUUCUACCUCGGAGCAGAAAUUCCGCACAACUGUCCGUAAGCUGCGGCUGCAAAUAGCCGAAAACGAGAAGCAGGUCAGUGAGCUUAAAAAGGACAAGGAGAAAGCCGUGAUUGAAGCAGAGACCCUACGCAGUCGAAUCAACAGCAAGGAAGAACAAGAGAAGAGGAAUGAGGAGGUUCGGAAGGCUAGUGCCGCACUUCAAAAAGAGAUCGAUGCACUCAAAAGGGACAAGAAGGCCGGAGAGGAAGCCUAUCGACGUUUGGAACAGGAAUCUAAAACAAAUGCCGAACAAGCCCUGGCCGUUCAUACUGAGACCCUGAACAAGGCCCUAGAUGUUGAAAAGAAACGGCAGAAGGAACUCGAAAGUAGUAUCGCUACAUUGCGUUCAGAAAAGGAGGCAUUGGUCGAGAAGCUGCGCCUUACAGAAGUUGAGUGGCAAGAGAAGCUAGACCGGGCAGUAGAGCGCGGCCGCAAUGUCGAGGAAGAACUAAAGCUGGAACUUCGAGCGGCUGAGAGUAAGCUCGAGGCCAUGCGAGUAGCGGCGGAGGAGGCUUCGGCAGGAUCUGGAGGUGACAUCAAGUUGAUACGACAUAUUGAAACCCUUCAGUCGCAGUAUGCCUCAGCUAGUGAGAACUGGCAAGGCAUUGAAACAUCACUCCUGACAAAGGCGGCCAAUCUUGAAAAGGAGAGAGACGAGGCGCAACGGCGAGAGUCGGAAAUGCGCAAGAAGGCUCGCGACUCGGCCAGCCGCUGCAAGCGUCUUGAAGAUGAAUUACAAGAUGUUAGUCCAGCUCUUGCAACCGCUAGACAAGAGCUCGAGGUAUGCCGCGAGGAACUCGCUACCCUUAGAACCCAGCACAAGAGUGCCGAAACAGCACUCGAGCAGGCCCGCAGCGACCUCGAGAAGCUCCAGCGAGCUGCCAGUAGAGAAGUGUCCGCUGAGGCUGAGCGACGACAAUGGGCAGAUGAUGUUGCCAUAAGUACACCCAAGUCUCAAAGCAGACCUGACUCUCCAUUACUUUCCGUAGCCCGAACGUUCAGCUCAGACCUUAUUGGUCUCCCUGUGCCAGGCAGACAGCCACGUCGGGUACCUACCCCUGGGAGCCAAACCGAUAGUGCAGGCGAAGGCUUCUUCUUUGGCCGAAGAAUGUCCAGUCAGCCUCCUCGGCCAAGUGCCCUGUCCACAACUGGGCCCAUGAUGCCCCCACCACCUCCUUUUUCACCCUUUGAGCCACCUAGCGAGUCCCCUCGCGCGGCGUCACCACCGCCAGAUCGUGACGAUCUCGAGGAUGGCGAUCCUUCUUCUCCUCGAAAUAUGGCGCAGGACAUGAUUUCAGUGUCAACGGUUGGCGCUGGUCCUUCGGUACAGCUCGUCGAGAGAAUGAGUGCAGCGAUUCGACGACUAGAAGCCGAGAAGGUAGCUGCCAAGGAAGAGAUGGCUCGUGUGUGCAGUCAACGAGACGAGGCACGGUCUGACAUUGUGAACCUCAUGACGGAGUUGGAAACACAGAAGGGCGCCACAGCACGAGUCACAGAAUUAGAAACAGAGGUGGAGAACAUCAAUUCCCGAUACCAAACAACGUUGGAGAUGUUGGGUGAGAAGAGCGAGCUUGUAGAGGAGCUGAAAGCUGAUGUUCAGGACGUUAAGGAUAUGUAUCGCGAAUUGGUAGAGCGGACAGUGAUGAAAUAA